AUUGUUUGGAGUGAAUCGUUGGAAACGUAUGUCUCGACCACUCUCUCGCCAAAUGAUAAUGAAGACGAACUUUGGUAUUGGAAUAAAGAGGAAUAUCCUAAUCCUUACGAACAGCCGCCAUAUUGUCGUCGGACUAAACCAUCGUUCAUCUGUGAUCCGGAUCAGUUGCUCACCAGGAAACAAGCAAAUCGUUUGGACGCCUUGAUUAGCGAAGUGAAGAAUACUUCGGCCUGUUUUUGCACUUAUUGUCCGCCAAAUGAAAAGGGAUUCACUAUAGGAGUGGCACUCAUUAGGAAUAUAUUCCGAGAAUAUAAUGUACGUCAAUUACAAAACGCUGAGAACUUUGCCGAUUAUAUACGAAAGAAAUGGAAUUUCGAUCGCUCACUCGGAGGGCACGACUGCUAUCAAAGUGCGCUGAAGACAAAAAUUCAUUACUCGGCGACUCUGGAGGAGAAUGAAGUCGGAGAUGAGGCGCCUGAAGAGGAAGUGGAAGAGGACGGCACUUCGCACACGGGUUUAAUUGUGGGACUCAUUAUUGGAUUAUUGGUAUUCAUUGGUCUGAUUGUGUUUCUGUUGAUAUAUCUUCGGCGCCGAUUCAGCGAAGACGGCGACACAUUUCAAUUCAAAGGAAUGCUAAGCAAAGGCUAUUGGCUCAACAGAAACGACAACUUCAGACCCGUUAGUGUGAGUCCAGUGGUGGCCGGAGGAGGCGUUUACGAGCCCUGCAGUAUUGAAGAGACCAAUCGCGCCGAUAACGACUCAGACAAACGGCUCAAACAGAAGUUGAGUGAAAUUAGCGAUGAGUCGGGCGAUGAAGAAGAGAUUGAACCGAUUGGACACAACGCCCAUUCAGAUCAACCAUUCAGAUCACCGGUCAGUACCGUUAACUCUCCCACACAACCAACACAUGUGAGUCCGGAGUCGGUUCCCACACCACAAACCAAUACGCAAGACAUGGUG